AUGGGAAAUGUUAAAUAUAAACUGUACUGUUCUUGGCAUAUAGAUCGAGCCUGGCAAAAGAAUUUAAAUAAAAUCCCCAAUUUAGAAACAAGAAACUCAGUCUACAAAACACUGAAAACUUUACAGCAAACCAUGUAUUUAGAAGAAAAUAUGUUUUAUGAAAAUUUAAACUCUUUUAUCACCAGUCUUCAAGAAGAUCCUGAUACUGCAAAUUUUGGACACUAUUUUAUUAGUACUUAUUUUAAGAAUUGUCAACAGUGGGCCUAUUGUUUUAGAAAAGGUUGUGGAAUAAAUACAAACAUGUUUUUAGAAAGUAUGCACAAAACUGUAAAAUACUUUUAUUUGAAUGGAAAAACUGUAAAGUGUCUAGACAAAGGUUUGCAUGCACUAUUAAACUACAUCCGAGAUAAAGUGUACAUGAUAUUAAGAAAAAAUAAGUUCAACUUGAAAUAG